UUCACCUGUAUUCGCUGAAGACGAGCUGGUUGUCGAGAGAACCUUUCGAUAAUGUCAAAUUUGGAUUUGCUGAAUGCUGGAUUCGCAGCAAUAUUCGGUGAAAAUGGCCUCCCUUCGAGUGACAUACACGAACUGUUCGAAGCAACCUACAUCAUGGAACCUUUUCCUUCUCUAGGAGCAAGUGGAGGUUGGUCUAGUCUGAGAAGGCACAUGAUAGAUGUGUUUGUAUACGGCCUACAAGGCGAAAUAUUCACUGUUAAAGUGCUGAACACGUGCACAGUCAGCGAGUUAAAGGCUACUAUUGAAGAAGAAACAGGAAUAUACGCGAAAGUGAUGGGUCUGAUUUACUGUGGCAAGAGACUCGAUGAUAGAGAUGAAACCCCUUUAAGCAGCCUUGGAAUUUGUCAUGGCAGUAGCGUCUUCUUAGUGCUGGGUUUACGUGGUGGUGGCUUGCCUCAUCAUAGUGUUGAUCCUGACGGGCUUGAUCCCCAGUACGAUUUUGAUUUUAGUAACGUCAAAGAUGACGGUAAGAUAUACAUGAGAGGAGGGCAUCAAUAUCAUCGACCAUACGGUUGGAAAAGAAUAGCAGUCAAAGUUGUUAGCAAGUUCGGUUACAACGAAUGGCUCGGCCCAAAUGGCAUACGCACCGAAGGAGCUCCAAACGAAUGGGCGGUUUCUUAUCACGGCACAGCGAUUGAGAACGCUGACAAGAUCAUCAAAGAAGGCUUCAAACCUGGUCCUAGACAACUGUAUGGCAAAGGCGUUUACAGCAGCCCCAGUAUUGAAAUGGUUGGAAACCAGUACGCACAACCAUUUGACCACAAGGAUAAGCGUUACUUAAUUGCUUUUCAGAACCGUGUUAAUCCUAAUCGUGUCAAAAUCAUUUCCGCUGAAAAAACAGGUGUUGGGGCCGAUUACUGGCUCACACAGAAAGGCGAUAUUCGUCCCUAUGGUGUGCUUAUUAAAGAAGUUAAAUGAACGUAAUCCUUUUCAAAC